AUGUCAAGAUUUACUCUUGAUACGUACGUACUAGAAGAUUCUACGGCUGAAGAUGUUGCCGAUGCCGUUAUUGAAAAUGAAAAGCAAAGAGAGCCUUUCUUUAUCCAAAAUCUAGAUGAAGCUAGCCGCCGUAUCCAGUACUUUCAGACGAUGAUGCCUCGUGUUGGCAUAUUCUACGCAAUUAAAUCCAAUGAUAAUGAAGCACUGUUGAAACUAGUUGCGUCGCUCGGCUUAGGUUUUGACUGCGCUACACCUGGUGAAAUUCACAAGAUACUGAAACUGGGAGUGAACCCUCGAAGUAUAAUAUUUGCUUCACCAAUAAAAUUGCCUGAAUGGAUGGUGUACGCUCGUAAUUCGGGGAUAACUCAUGCAACAUUCGAUUCAUCUUCCGAAUUAAAAAGAAUCAAGCAGCAUUGGCCAGAAGCAAGACUUCUUCUUAGACUAAGAGUGGACGGAGAUAGCGUUUAUCGUUUGGGUGAAAAAUUUGGUUGUGAUUUUGAAACUGAAGCCAUCGAAUUAUUAGAAGAAGCGGCAAGUCUUAAUAUCAAGGUCGUUGGAGUAGCAUUUCACGUAGGAAGUGUGUGUAUUUCUGAAGACAGUCAUGCGACGGGUAUCCGUCUAGCUAAAUCCCUGUUCGAUCAUGAAACACGUAUGGGCAGAGAAAUGAAGAUAUUAGACAUUGGCGGUGGUUUUCUUAGCGAAAAUACUAGUGAUAUUGACGAGGUAUCGCGUCUAAUUAACAGAUCGUUAGAGGAAUUCUUUCCCGACAAUAAAGUACAGAUAAUUGCCGAGCCAGGACGUUAUAUAUCCGAUUCUUGUAUGACGUUAUAUUGCAGUAUCAACUCAGUAAAAAGAGUAAAGAAAAACGAUGAAUAUAUCAACAUGAUUUAUUUAAAUGACGGAAUAUAUGGUACGUUGCAAUAUGCUGAAAGUUGGCAAACCGUGGAGAAGUUUGAGGUAAGUAGCCCCAAGUACUAUUUGAGAAAGAUACAAGUGGAGAAACAAAAGAAUAAGAAAAUAAAAGAACCACUAGAAAAAACGAUCUUAUGGGGCUACAGUUUAGACUCCACUGACCGAGUGUUGCGUGACUUUGAAGUUUUACUGCCCCGCUGCACGUACUUGGACUGGCUCGUGUUCCCCCUACGAGGGGCUUAUACCAUCGUCUUCUGUUCUUCUUUCGGCUGCUUCCAACAGCCGCAAAUAAGAUCGGUUAUCUCUAAGGAGUUAUGGAGAAAAGUUAAACGCAGCGACGUGUAUACAGUUGAAGAUUUCAUUGUAGAUCCUGACCUAUCCGCGCCAUUAGUGUCCACAUUACCAAAGGUUUUGAAUGUGAAACGCUACAUCCAAUCAGUAGAACCAAAUGUAGAGUUGCUUUUGUGA